GAGGCUCACGUGAACGUUCUUGUCUUGCCCGGCCGCCUUGGUCAUGUCGGCUGUCCCGUUCAGUCGUCCACUUAGUCUGAGAGUGAGUGCAGUGGCGCUCAGUAGCUCACUCAGCGUUCAGUGUGCCAACAACACACGUGCUAACAUUGUAACUUUUACCAAGACAGUGCCAAGAAGUAAAGGUCAUGGCACUCCCUGGUGGCACUUCACUCCACCUCGCGCUCUUCCUCUCUUUCCUCAUCACUCUUCCCACCGCUCAUCUAGAAGAUGUCGAUCAUUCUCUCUAUGCCCACACCGAGAAUGAACUUCGAAGAAACAUCCUCAUCAACCAACUAGCCAUCCAGGAGUUGCUGAGGCAGGUGAAAGAGCAGAAGGAGGUCUCCACUACGUGCAGCCACCCUGAAAGGUGUUGCCCAGACCCGUUCUUCCCUGUAAACGAAGAAUGUUUCUUCAUCAACAAAGAGAAACAGAACUGGCCCACUGCCAAUGCCACUUGCCAUGAGCUGGACGGGAAACUCGCUGAACCUGAUAAUGUCAUCGUACUCCUAGAAGUUUUGCGUCAGAAGUUAAAUACCAGAAACAAUGCCUGGUAUUGGUUGGGAGCUCGUAAAUAUUCACAUGCGGAAAAUUGGACUUGGCCGUCUGGUCGUCCUAUCAAACACUGGCAUAGCGGGCAGCCUGACCAACGACCCGCAGAGUUUUGUCUUAUGAUAACUCUGGGUAAAAUCACUCCUGUGUAUGACUAUUUCUGCGAUCAUGAAUACGAAAGUAUUUGUGAGUACAUGGACGAGGGCAUUUAGGAGGACUACCGGUCCUUGUGGUCAGAAGUGUGAAAAAAAAAUUCUGAGGUCAGCCUCACACAUCGUUAACAUGGUGAUCGCUUGAUGCUCAACAGUGUGGAGGCUCAGACAGCUUUGGUUAGUGCAUGACGUGGCAAUCUAAAUCUAAACUUAUCUUAAUUGAGUCGGACCCAAGCUGAGCAGAUUAUGUGCAAUAUUUACUAGCCCCGGUUUUUUUAUGGGAAUGGUUAUAGUGUGUGUAUAAACAUUUAAAGAUAUCAAAAGUACUGUAUUGUUUAUAUCAACUCACACAUCACUUAUGUAUCGUCUAAAUGCCUUUUACUUUCACCAGGUACAUUGUCCAAUGUCCAUGCUUCUUUUACACAGUGAUGUUUUCACUUCAAUUUGUAGCACAACUCUGCUUACACAAAAAAUCAGUAUAAACCUUUUUUUUUACAUAUUUUUAAAUCAGGUUAUUAUGAGAACAGACGAAUAGAAAUAAGAGGGAGUCACUUCAUCUGUGUCGUCACCAUUUGCCCCUCUUCCCUCCCCCCUCCCGUAACCUCACUGAUUGACGGACCUCACUUGUUAAACCUGACAAAUCCCUGUCUGGGUAUCUUCCUUCCUUUCAAAAUAUUUACUUAUCCUGGGGCCAAGUGCUGGUACAGUACAUGGAUUUGAAAAUUUACUUGUGUGGCCUCUAGGUCGGCCAAGCUGGCUGGGUUGCCGGGCACUGCUGAUCUGCACAGCCUGGGUUUCGGUGCUUUGUAUUCAUAAGUAUCUCACUGAAAAUAAUUAUAAAAUAUCUUUAUUGGCAAAUGGCAAUUGUGUGUAUACCUGUACUGUGUAUGUAUUAUUGUUUGUAUACUCGCACUUUGUAUGUAUUAUUGUUUGUGUACCUGCACUGUAUAUGUAUAGUGUAUUUUUGCACUGCCUAAUGUGUCUAUGAUAAACAGGUAUACAUGCUGAAUCAGAGUAAA